AUGUUGCCGGAUUACCUUCUACUCGCCAUGGUUUUCAUCGGUUUCUGCAUGGCAAUUAUUGGAGUUUGCUUAUAUCGAAGCUAUAGACGGAAUCGAAAUGGUGACGGCAUGCUGGCGAUCUCGGAGUAUGGAUGUCCCCGAAAGCAAACGGCUUCGCUUUUGAGAGCAUCGGACGUCUGCUACCCAUCCGAUUUGCAAUGUUCUUUGCAAGGAGUGCGUGAAAUAUACCCUUGGAGCGGAAGAUCACCGGGGAGGAUCCUAUACAGUCCCGACGCUUCGCUCUACCGUUACACCAACGAAUGUAUCUAUUUUGUGCCUGGAUCGCAGGAGCGCCUUAUUUCC